GUGAAAUAUGAAGUGUAAACUCUGAAUUGAAACUCUGAAAAUCAAAUCAGCAACAGUUUUAGGAACUUAUGAAUCAUUUCAGACGUUAUGUUUUCAAAUUUUUUUCUGUUUUCUGUUGCAGUAAAUUGAACAUUUUGGGGUUUGGGACAAAAUCAGACUUACAAAUUUCUCUUUUUUCAAAUUUCGAUGUGCAUUUAUUCCUUGGUGUUUCAUUCAUACAUUUAAUGUAAAACCUUCAACCAAGGUUCAUUUUCAGUUUAUUUUCAGUCUUUACAGCUGCAUGACAACGUACAGCGGCUUCAUGCCAUGUUAUGGUGGACGACUUUAAGCAACGCAAUUACAGCCAAGACAAUGACAAAUAGCAACCAGGAGAACUAGCAACAAUUUCAAAUUUAAGAGGGAAAAAGAUAAAAAUGCAGUUUCCACUCUAUGAAAGUACCCAUUUUUAAAACAGCAAUGAGAAUUUGCAUUGCCUUCAACCUUCCCGGUAGAAAACGACCUCAGAGUAGCAGGUUUGUGAUCCUGGAAAAUGUUGUGGAAAAACUGCUAUGACCUUAAAAACCACACUUUGUUGGGAUGCACUGUUCCCUCUAAGCUGCGCGCAUGAGCAAUUGCGCACUGCUGACACGGUCUCCGCGCACAGAAAAUCUGCGCUGUGCACAAAAAAAAAAUCCAACCUAAAUUGCAAAUAAAAUAAACACGUAACAAUUCAUUCUGUGCUAUUUUUCAGUGUGAGUCAGUGAGUGACCAGUGACUGGCUGCUGCAGCCAAUGAUGCGAUUCACAUACGUAUUUACCAUAGACUGUACAUAAUGGUAUUUACGCAGCUAAUCAACGUCAUGCGUCCUUAUGUGCAGCCACCGUUGUUGUCAUAGAUAUGAAUGAGUAGAUAGGACACGCCCCUUUGAGCUGCGUGCUACAGCGAGGCUAAGCUAGUGGGGGAAAAGUUUCAGUGCAUUCCGUUGAUGUAUACAGCGUGAAAACGGAAACAAGUAUGCCGGCUCACUGUGCUGCAUACAGUUACACACUACGUCGUACGAUUGAGACAAGGAAACUUGGAAUGACUUUUCAUAGGUUUCCCAGAGACUAUGGGUUGAGGAGGAAGUGGAAGUUUGUCGGCUUAGACCUGGUGUCAUUCCAUCAGUGUUAAACUUCCCGGCUCAUCUUGGAAGAGUACGUGCCAGAAAGACCACGACCAAGCAGCCUUGAGAUCUUAGGCAGCGUCUCCCUGAGACCAAAGAACUACAGACUCUUCACAACCUGCUCAAACUCUUGGUACAGGACCUCACCACAUGGCUCAAGAAGGAAACAUGGGACCGACUCCUGACCUCAACCUCAACACCUCUGCUUGGCCCCGCCUCUGCGUCAACGCCUCCUGCCAGGCCCCAAUCACAGCAGGGUAUCCCUACAGCCUCACCCAGCUGACCCUCAUCGUCACGGUAACCGCCUCCCUCAGCGUGGUCACCGUCGUCGGCAACACGCUGGUCAUCCUGUCCAUCAAGGUGAACCGCCACCUGCGGAUCGUCAACAACUACUUCCUGCUGAGCCUGGCGGUGGCCGACCUGAUCAUCGGCCUGCUGUCCAUGAACCUGUACACGCUGUACCAGCUGCAGGGCCGCUGGCCACUGGGGGCCACGCUCUGUGACAUGUGGCUCGUCAUGGACUACGUGGUGAGCAAUGCCUCCGUCAUGAACCUGCUGGUCAUCAGCCUGGACCGGUACUUCUGCAUGACUCGGCCGCUCAGCUACCCAGUGUGGAGGACGGGCAGGAAGGCGGGAAUGAUGAUCGCCGCCGCCUGGCUGCUGUCCGUCAUCCUCUGGACCCCGACCAUCCUGUGCUGGCAGACCGUCGGCGGUCGGCGAGCUGUCCCUGAUGGAGCCUGCUACACCCAGCUACUAGCCAGCCCAUCCGUCACUCUGGGGACGACGCUGCCGUCCUUCUACCUGCCGGCCGUCAUCAUGAUCGGCCUGUACAGCCGCCUGUCGGCCGCCAGCCACAGCCGACUGAGCGUUCUCCGUUCAGAGCACGGCACGCUCCGGACGUCCAGCCCCUCCAUUAAAGACUUCCUGUUGAAACGACGGAGCUGGGUGAGCAGCGACCCCACCUCUGAAGUGUCUCUGAACCAAUCACAGUCCAGCUCGCCGAAGACCAGAAGGAAACGGAAAGCGUCCAGAAGUCCUGUUGACACGUUGGUGACGGUGGACAGCUGGAGACACCUGCGUCCAGCUCGGACCUCCACCUGCCAAACCGGAGACGAAGACUACAACAAGGUCGAUAAUGACUCCUCGUCCAACACCGACCUCCACCGGAAGGCGUCGGCGGCGUUCUCCACCUGCCUCAGCUUCAGGUCUCAGGAGAGGAGGCGGCGGCGAGUGAUGGCAAGGGAGAGGAGGGUCACCAAGACCAUCCUGGCCAUCCUGCUGGCCUUCAUCCUCACCUGGACGCCCUACAACGUGAUGGCCGUCGUCGCCACCUUCUGCCACGUGUGCAUCCCAGAGAUCCUGUGGACCACCGGCUACUGGCUCUGCUACGUCAACAGCGCCGCCAACCCGUUCUGCUACGCUCUGUGCAACGUCACCUUCAGGAAAACCUUCUGCAGCCUCCUGCGAUGUCGUGGCGGAAAGCUGAAAUUACGCUUCUAGGGCAGGUACGCCAGUUUGCUCACCUGACACGUUGUAUUGUAGACGAUUACAUUCAAACGAAGCACAAAUUUUACUAAAUUAUGAGGAAAACCCAGAAAAGAAAACAGGAGUUGGUUUCCAUCUUCCAGUUGGUUGGAUGAACAGCAGGUGGAGCUAAGUUUCCAAUUAAAGCUCAAACAUGAUGAAAAUGUAUGUUUCUAUAUAAGAUCUCCUCACUGACAUAUAACUAAACUCAUAUAUGGAUCUUAAAUCGUUUGGUCAACUUAUAAUGACUAUAACUACUAUAAUAACAUAAUAGCACAAGGGUUUUCUAAUCAUCAAUGAGCCUUUCAACACCAUUAGCUAACACAAUGUAGCAUUAGAACACAGGAGUGAUGGUUGCUGGAAAUGUUCCUCUGUACCCCUAUGGAGAUAUUUCAUUAAAAAUCAGCUGUUUCCAGCUAGAAUAGUCAUUUACCACAUUAACAAUGUCUACACUGGAUUUAUGAUUCAUUUAAUGUUAUCGUCACUGAAAAAAAACUAUUUUUCUUUCAAAAAUAAGGACACUUCUAAGCAACCCCAAACUUUUCAACAGUUGGGUAAUUAUAAUCAUCAGUGAACCAAAGAACAGACCAAACUCUUCACCAAAACAAUGUACAGUAUUUAAUUUGUUCAUUUAUACAAGUCUCAUCGUCGUCAAUAAUCAAUCUAUAGUUCAAAAAUAGAUUUCAUAGAGGAUUUUCUCAUUGCAGAUCUUUUUAAAGGGGAUUCUAAACUCCAGUAAAAACGAAACUCAUGACAGUCGAGUGGACGGACCAUCCUGGUUCAGUUUCCACAACGUUAAUUCACUUUGCGCUAAGCUUUUAGGACUAUCUGAGUGUAACUGUUAAGAACAAACUAUCAGCUAUGAGGAUUAUUCUUAUUAUCUAGUGGGAGAAAAGCUUUCCACACUUUAAUCCAAGUAAGCACAAGAACAUCACAUGAGAAACCAGAACAAACAGUCAGAGGAGGCCAGGCGAAAGGUGGUUGGUGCGUUUUGGAGGAGUCUCUCGGUUUUUUUUGUGUUUGAUGAAGGAGGGAAGACGAUUGUUCAGCUGGAGGAAGAAAUCCUGCCGUCGUCUGCAUCGUGUUUCUUCCUUCAGUUUGACUUCUUCUCCCCUGUUGAAGCAAACACCAGCAGUUAUUGUUAGUGACUGUUUUAUAGUUUGCAAAAAGUACAACUAAAGUAAACCUGCAAAUAAUGACUGUUUCCCUUACUGAUUCAUCUGCUAAUUAUAAGCAGGCAUGCAAACUUCCUGCAGCUCAAACUGUUUGAUUUGAAGUCCAAGACUUGGAGAGCUCAAGUUUUGCAUUUGCUUUUAUUUUAUACCUGCAGUGUGGAGUUUUUGUGUCCCCCUUGUGGCAGUGAGGACAAAGAUUUGCAAAAUUGCCACAAAGACACUUGGAAGAGACCACAGAGAUUCAGGAAAAUUCCCAAGAAACUCAAAACGACUACGAAAAGAUGAAAAAUAACCAUAAAAAGAUGCUUACUGACCACAAACUGAUUUGAAACGAGCACAAAAAGAUGCAAAUAAACCACAAAGAAACCCAAAAACUGUGAAAAGAGACCACAAAUGGUUGCAACAUGACCGCAUAGAAAUGUAAAACAACUGAACAAAGGACCACAAAAACAUUCAAAAUGACUACAAAGUGAUGCAAAACAACCAUAAAAAGAUGCCAAAUGACUACAAGUGGGUGCAAAAUGACCACAGACACAAAAUGACCACAAACAGACAGAAUACGACCUCAAAGAGACACGAAACAACUACAAAGUGCCCUGAAAUGGCUACAAAAAGAUGAACAACGACUAUGAAGAGACUCAAAACAACUAGAAAGCUAGGUAAAACCAUAAAAUGACUCAAACUGACCACAAAGGGACACAGAAUGAGCACAGUAAAGCAUGGUGAUUCUCAGUAGUCCUGGUCAGGGUGUAUGUUAUUGCUAGAAGGAAGGCAGCUGUUUGAGUUUCUUUUGUAUGUUACAUCUGAGAGCCUUCUUCAGUUCUAACUGACUGGUUAACUUUCAGAUGCAGGUGGAUUGUUGAGUCUUGGAGCUGGUUCUCCUGUGUUGGUCCAUGCACUUGUGUAGUGGUUGUUUCUUCUCCCCUAUAUAAAGGUCUGUGCAGUUCUCGUUGCAUUGGAUAUCCACAGUGUAGUCAUUCUUACUGUGAACUUGGUGUUUUUAUUCACCGAGUUGUUCUGUGAAGGUUCUACUUUUAGGGUUUUGGUUUUGACUCAGCUGUGAUCCACAUAUCUGAACCAGUUGUGGAGAGUUGUUCCCUUGAAGGAGCUCAGUUCUCUGCUUUCCACUUCCCACAUACGGAGGUUGACCACAGUGGGUGGUACUGGAUGGGCUUUGGUCUGUAGAAACCCUCAAAGUAUUUAAAAUAGGUGGUGUUCCAGCAGAGGUCCAGCAGGGAAUCCAUCUGAUUGGAGGUAAAGUUGGUUCCUGGUUUUCUGAUGCUCUCCACAACCUCAGAUGUAGGUAUACUUUAGAAAAAUGAGGUGACAUCACAUGAAACCAUGUUUUUUGGGGGGCCAGGUUCAGUUUCUAGGCCUUGUUGACUAAAUUGGUGGAAUUUUUCCUUGUGCAUCUUCAGAUGUCCAUAUAUACAUUGUAAAGCCACUACCCUGGAAUAAUGAGCAGUCAGGAUUUUUCUCCUUUUCUAGCUGUUGUGGAUGAUCUAUGAACUUCUUUUUGUAUCUGCUGGUGGGAUCUCACUUAAGAGCUUCACAGGUUCUGUUGUCACUGUAGAUGUUUGAAGAAGGUGUUUUUGCCCUAGAGAGCACCACAGAGCCCUUCAUCCUGAGUUGCUCUGGUUCUGUCAGAUUGUUGUUCCAUGUGGCUGAUUCUGUUGUUGUAAUGAUGCCACCUACUGGUAACGGUUGUCGAAAUAUUUCACAGCUAAGACACCCACGUCUGGUUGGGAAGUGUCAUCAUCUGAGACAUUUUUCACUGACUUAAGUCACAAAUCUAGUGGUGUAGUGUCCUCCCCUUUCAUCUGGUUGGUUUGGAUGUUUUUUGAGUUAUUUUCUCUUGAACGUAAUGCUCAGAAUUUCCAUAUUUGCCAUCUGUUGCCCUUUUAUGUUGUGCUAAAUUUCAAUUAACUUGAAAGUUUCCUCUGUGACUGUACUGGAUAGAGGUGCUGUCAGUUUGUGGAGGGUGGGGCAAACCUUGUCCUUGAGUGAAUCGAUAGAAGAUGAACCAGUACAGUGAUGCAGUCAGUUUAGGACAGGUUUCACCGGAUUCUUCACAAACUGACAGAACUUCUACCCAGUACAGUCUUGGAGGAAGUUUCCAAGCUUGUUGUAAAGCCACAGUUGGCAUAAGACAAACAAGGAAAUUCCAAACAUUAAGAGUUAAGAGCAAAUAACUUUAGGAACAUCUGAACCAACCAGACAGAACCAAGAUGACACUACACUCAUAGACAUUCGGGAUAACUUAGUGAAAAAUGGAUUAGAUGGGAACGUUACCCAACCAGAGAAGGACGUUCUGGCUAAAGAACUAAAGUUACAGUUACUUGCAGUGGAUGUCAUUACAGCCAUAGAAUCAGACAACAACCUGGCAGAGGUAGAACAGUUCAAGAUCAAGGGUUCUGUUGUGCUUUCUACUGAAAAAAUAUGUCGUCCAACCAACAUACAAACAAAGGAAGGUAGUAACAUCUUAGAGUAAAGACCGGAGCAUCACCAUCCUGCCAGCAGAGAAGGGAAGGUUGUGCUACACCAAAACAACCAUAGUACUCAGUGACAACACCACCUAUGAGGCUCUGAGGUGACAUGCUACAGUUAAAAGAAAGUCAUAGAUGAUUUCCACAACCAUCCACUGUGUCACCAGUUUAACCUCGUUGAAGAGGCACCAUCUAUACAUGGACUUUAAAGGAAACACAUGGAAGUAACAUUAUCUCAGUCUCCUAUAAGUCUGCUAAACCUCGGGCCUCCAUCUUAGCUUCAUUGGUUGGAAAUACUUCACAUUAAUUCUAAAAACCCACCGAUUUAGUCAACAAGGUUCAGAAACUGGAACCAACACCACCUUCAACCAUGGUUUUAUUUGAUAUAUCUUCACUUUUCUCAUGUAAACCUACAUCUGAGGUAGUGGAGAUCAUCAGAAAACAGCUACUGCAAGACAAUAUUUUAAAUAACAGAACAAACAGACAGAUAUUUGCACUGUUGGACCUCUGCUGACCACCACUUACUUUAAACACCUCAAAAAAACCACUUCAGAUAACCAAACUAUACCCUUAAUCACUGUGGGUUACCCUCACCUGGAUCUAUAAGCAUGGUCUGCUGGAAACUUCAAUCCAAUCUGAAAUAUUUGUUCUUCAUGUUACAGGUUAGAACUUAUGGUGUUUUUAAAUGUUUCUAGUUAUUUCCAGGUUUACACAUUAAUGCUGCAAAUUUCUGAGGAGACUUUUGGACCUCACCAUUCCAUGAAGCAGAAAAGCAACACAUUUUAGAAGUUAAAAGCAGAAAAUAUUUGAUAUUUUAGCUCAAAAUGAUCAAAAAUUCACAGGUCUUGUUGAAUAACCAGUUAACUAACACUCUCUCCAGGAUUUUGUCAUUACUGAAUCCCCCAAAAAGGACCAAUUCAGCUUUCGUUAUUCAAACAACAUGAGUUUGGCGACUUGUGGAGCUGCUUGUGAAAGCAGACUUAGUGGUUUGUGUGGAGCUCUCACCUCUGGCCUUCUUGACUUUGGGGGAGCAGGGUUUGGACACCUUGACGGUGUUCUGACACUCGGCGUUGAACAGCGCUCGCUUCAGCGUUCCCGACCGGCUCUUGGUGUUGGUGGCGGCGUCACAGGAACCCCAUGGACCGAACUUGUACUUACAGUCACCUGCAGGAACAUUUAAACUGUUGGUUUGUGCUGCAGAGUUCAGACGUCACAUCUGGAUUCAUGUUUAAAGGCUGAUUCCAUUUCAAAUGGACACCAGAAACAAACAUGUUUUCAGUGGCUUUUGGUUGCUUUAGUGGCCCUAAUGCUUCAGGAUGUUGUAUUUAUUUUAGAAUUUCUUACAGGUUGUCAUCCUGUUGUCUUGCUUUUAGCAUUUUAGAUAUAUAUAUAUAGUUGCUGUACAAACAGAUUUUAAAAGUCUGUUUGUUUUGCCAUAAAUGUUGCUUGUAUUGUGACGCAGAUGAGGGGAAAUGUUAGAUUGACAUCAGUAAAAUACUUAGUCAGGUAUGUGUAUUGUAUUUAUAAAACUGUUAACAAUAAACACAAGUACAGAGCUACAAUGCAGGCAACAAAACCAUGCAUAAGUACCAUAAAGUUCCAAAGUCAGAAGUGAGACAAAACAUGGACAAUAGAAAGACUGGUUAUUUAAUGUACUAUUAAGCCCAAGAUGAUUAUAGCCAUGCUAAAUUGUGAUGUCUAGUGAGCAUUUCUAGCUUGUUUUUUGCUCAUAUUGAACUUUCUUCAGCUUUAGUUGUUUUAAAACAUCAAUAAACUUGAUUAGAUUUGAUUCAGACAGACUUUGAUCAGUAAUUCUAAAGGAGCUGUUUGCAGUGAAACAAUCAGAGCAGAUAAACGUCCAGCUGCUCUCUCGAAAAAGAUCCAAUCUCCUGAAACUAGAUUAGUUUUAAUUUUACAUUUAGUCAGUUCCAGAACAAAGAGACCAAACCGAGUGAAGUUAGAUUUAAAAACUGCUCAAUGCAAAGUUACAUUUUUAUUUCAAAUGUGGAAUAGAGAUUGUUACAGAAGCCCAGAGAUGUCGUGGAGCAAAGAAAAAAAAAAUAUCAGCUGCUCUGAUUGAACCAUUUCAGCGUCCUGUGAGACCUAUUUUAUAUUAGAGUGAAUGGCGCCUUUAAAGCUACCGGUUGCCAUUAAACUGACAGCAAAGUGAGUCUUCUAUUUAACCCUUUGAGCUGCCAGUUUAGCCGUCACUGGGACGUCCAGGUGUUUUUGCCAAACUACAUUUGACACACUAUGUACUGGAACAUACUAAAUGUUUUUCCUCUAUACUACAUAUUAUGGGACUAUGGAUAAUGGAACUCACCCUAAAUCUUUCUCUGGCGUACUACAGAAUAAAUCCCCUUUGUGCCCUACAAGUCAUGUCCUUUUCCACAGUGUAAGCUGACCUGUUCCAACCCCACAGUGUUUGGAAUAAUUCGGGCAUGAUAUCUUGAUUUUCCUAACUGGAAUUCUGACUGGAUUUCUGGUUUUAUUCCUUUGGGUAUCAAAGGAAAGUAAACACCUUCCUGACUCUAUAGGCAGCCAAAAAAAGCACUGCAGCUGGUCAAUGUUGGCGGCAAUUGCACACUACCGUGCUUUCGCUGCUUUAGGAUUUUUUUUGGAAGAUUUUUACUAUUUUUUUGGGAAAAUAUUUACAACAAUUUUCUUGCCAAAUUUGGGGGAUUUUUUAAAAAUAAAACUUUUAAGGAAUUAUUAGAAUUUUCUUCCUGAAGGUUUUGCAAAUUUUCAGAAAUUUGGGGAAUUUUUUUGCUGAAUUUUUGGAUUUUUUUCAGACAAGGAAACUAUUCUUUGGUGCCUGUAAAUGAGGACAACAGGAGGGUUAAUUCUCUUCCUCAUUAUUGGUCACGUCUUUUCUGUGCUCUCCCUCCUUUCUCGAUCCUUCCUGGUGUUUUAAUUCAUCCUGUUCCAUGUUCUCUUCAUUAUACGGACCACUAACACCAGACAUCCAAACACCUGCUGGUAUUGGUACACAACUGUAAUUGUAUUAAUGCAGUAGCGGGUAUUUAGCCAGCAGAUGUCACCAGUUUUAAAUAUCAAAUAUUUCAAAAUCUGUGAAUUGACUUCCGUUAUGACUCCUCAUGUGCUCUGUACAUUUUAAUUUUCCAUAUAUACACUGUAUUUAUGUUCCUCUGGGCUGAUAAAGCUGUGGUCUGUCUCAAAUCAUCAUGUGUGAGUGUUGUGUUUUUGGUGUUUUUGUGUGCUGCCUCUUACUGAUGUCCUUCUUCCAGUUGCAGGGGAUCCUGCAGUGGAUCUUGUCGGUCCGGUCUUUGCAGGUCGCCUCCCUCAGACCGUCGCCACAGUCUCCAUGUUCCGGCACACAUUUCCCGUACUGAGUCUCUGCAGAGGAGCACUCGGAGGCCGGCCGGGAUUUAUCGUGUCUCCCACCUGCCGAGCAGAGAGUCGGUCAGAAAACCACCCAAAGAGGACGGCGACAUGAACAACACCUUAAAGUUUCACUCAGCAGUAGCUUCCAGCGGUCAGAAACUCAGAAAUGUUCAGUUUUUUAUUUAUUUUAACAACAAAACACCUGUACAAACCUGGUUGUUUUAGAGAAUGUUCAAUUUUUCCAUCAUACACAUAAAAUAAAAUAUCAAAAACUCACACUUGUGCCUUUUUUCUCCACAUAUUCAAACUUAAAAUACAAGCAGCAAUGAUUCAAACUGUUCGUUUUACAGUUUCACGGCUACAACGCUCAUUUUUUAUUCAUUUUAUCCUCUGUAUUAUUUCUGUUGAAUACAAAGAUCCUCCUGCAUCAUGUUUUUAAAUGUAUAUUUUUCUGUAUAUUUAUGAUAAUGUGUUUACUCUUUGUUGUGAUAAAUGUUCUAUAACUGUAAUUUGACUGUUUACAAUAAAGUUUAUAAGCAAA